AUGCGCUGGCACUUGAGGAGAUUUGGCCUCCUCGGCGCCUGUCUGUUGGUUCUCCUGGCCUUCUUGGGCGCGAAUGCGGCUUUGCAACAAGUCUCGCGCCCCUCCACCGCCCUGUCCGUGCUCAUUCCCUUCGUGCCCAAAGAGGACCGACGAGACACAGGCCAGGCGGAACCAGCUGCAGCCGAGGUUCUUGCAGGCAGCGGUGCCACUGACACCGAGAACGCUAGCAUUCACGCGGCCUCCGGGGCGUUAGCGCGCAGUCCUGUCCUCUUUCCGCCCAACGAGCCUGCGUUUAACGACUACACCCCGGUCUACGUAGGAGAAGAGCUGCUCACCAGGAAAGACUUCCCGGUGAAGUUCUUGAAGGAGUUUGCCGGGCAGUGGACGGUGGACGAUCCGGCGCUGGCCAUCUUCCACAUCGUGUGUUGUGGUCCCCUUGACCGCCUGCUUCAACUUCCACCAAGGACGCCUGAGCGCCCGUACUUGUGCUAUGACUGCGAUGCCGCGAUCGGGCUUGAUAGUUUAUCGGUCCCGAAGAGUCGGGCAUGCACAAACAGUUGCCUGGACAUUUGGGCGCUGCUGAGGCGACGCGACUUCAUGUUCUCUUCCUCAGACCUCCGGUUCUGGGACAUCACCAAUGACUCGGCUCUCCUCCUACCAGGCGUUACGCACCUGCACCACUUUCCGAAACCCGAGUUGUUGGACAAAUAUCGGGUACGACCCUCCGACCCUCCGAAGUAUUUUCUGACCUUUCAGGGGCUCUGGAACGUUGGGCAGCGUGGAACUUCCUUUGUCCGACUCAACAUGGCCGUGAUGUUGAACAGCACCAAGAGGCUGCCCAAGGCAAUGAAGACGGCGUCGGGUGACCCGCUUCCACUGCCCACGGAGAACUACACGCCGGCAUCGGACGUGUUCAUUUCUAUUUCUGGCGAGGAGCACAACUACAAGGAGAGGAAACCCUACUACUCUUUGUUCGACUCCUCCUACAGCCUGGUGCUGCACGGCCACGGCCGCUGGAGCUAUCGCCUGGCCGAGGUGCUGAGCGGAGGAUCCAUCCCCGUCGUCAUGGCCGAAGGGUGGAACCUUCCGUAUUCAGAGGCACGUGUGGUCACUGACGGCUGGCUGCCGUACGUCGACCUCCACAUACGACCCGCUCACGCGUCAGAACGGAUCAUGACUGAUGUCUUUGCCGGCCGAUGCCAUGUGCCAUCAGCUGCUCUCACAGCCGAGCAGCAAGCGUUCCUCGUGACGUACCAAGCGAACAGAGCAGGGUCUCUCUAA